AUGGCAAUAUUGGGAAACUCAUUGAUGAAUUUAAAUUCAAACACCAGCUAUGGGCUGCCGAUUGGUGAUGUAACGGAACAAGAGUCUAGAUGGUGGGCUGCAGUCCUCGCGAAAGGGUGUGGGUGGCGAGCAACGCUUACACGCGGUGACAAAGAGUACUGUCCGCCAUGGGCCUGCCACUUGAAAUAUGGUGAACCGUUUACUCUUCUUCAUGAUAACCCUGAGUUAUGUCUCUCUUCUGAAGUGGAUCCUCCGUCAUCGGCUCUGGCUCAAGGUUAUCUCAUCCGGCUGGCGGAAAUGCAUGAUGUAUUCGACCAGCUCCUCGCCGCUUUUACUGCAGCUCUUACUAUCCCGAGUCGGUAUCAAUCAAUAGGCAGUCAAAAUCUGCAGUAUCUUCAUGGUUGA